GCUCUGCGCUCGGCCCGUCCGCUUCCCCGCUUCGCUCCCGGCCCGGCCCCGAGCCCCGCUCUUUGCUGUGGCUUUAACGAAGUGUAUGGAGUAAUGGAGCUCGAGGGCCGCAGAGAGCUGCUCCGGGCCCCGCCGCGGUGCCGAGCUGCCUCUGCGCGGCGCGGGCCCGGGGGGAGGCACCGUCACGUUGUUCCUCGCCCUUCUGUGGCAGGAGGAAGCGAGCACCCCAGAAACGCAUUUGAGCGCUAUCGGGAUGAAUGAAUGACGUAAAAGUGAAGGAAUGCACUCGUUAUUCCAUGGCACAAAUGAAGUUAUCCUAUAAAACGAACACCAAGUUGAGGGUUGUCGCUGGCACCCCCUUGGGAACGCCCUCAUGUUAUCGCAGUGGCGGGAUGUCCGCCGAGGUGCAGAGCGGCGGGCUCCGUGUGGGCGGCACUCACGCCCCGACCGCCGCUGUGCCUGGGCUGUGCUGCAGCCGCUGCCUUCUGGUGGCCUCCGCCAUGGUCGGUGCCUGUUGUAACGCGGCUCAGGGUGCUGCAGCAGGGAUGGACGUUCCUCACUGCACUGACUUUGUGUCUUUGUGCCUUUUGCUUGGUACCCUUCCAAAAACCAACCAGAAGGAAGGUAGCACAGUGUGAUUUGAUUUGCGUUUACAAAACACGUAUUUUGCUUGGUGCUCAGCUCUCUUACUUCGUACCAAUGCAGAACCCAGCUCUUUGUUACUUUAAGGGAAGAGCUGCGCUUAGCCCCUCAUGUGUGCCCACGUUGUUGGACAACAAAGCCAGCAGUGUUCCUCCGAAGAUUUCAGACAGUUGGCCUGGAUACAGUCUGGAUUUGUUCACUUAUCCACAGCACUACUAUGGAGACCUGGAAUAUGUGCUUAUUCCUCAUGGCAUUAUUGUUGACAGGACUGAACGAUUGGCUAAAGAUAUUAUGCAAGACAUUGGAGACAAUGAUAUUGUGGUUCUCUGUGUACUCAAAGGUGGCUACAAGUUCUGUGCUGAUCUUGUGGAGCACAUUAAAAAUCUCAGCAGAAAUUCAGAAAGGUUCAUCUCCAUGAAAGUCGAUUUUGUUAGACUGAAAAGUUACCACAAUGAUCAGUCUAUGCAAGAUAUGCAGAUAAUGGGAGGAGAUGAUCUUUCAAAGCUGACUGGAAAGAAUGUUUUAAUUGUUGAGGAUAUUGUUGGAACUGGAAGGACUAUGAAGGUUCUGCUUAAUCAUAUAGAAAAAUGUAAUCCAAAAAUGAUUAAAGUGGCAAGCUUGCUGGUGAAAAGAACAUCUCAGCCUGAUGGGUACAGACCAGAUUAUUAUGGAUUUGAAAUUCCAGAUUUAUUUGUGGUAGGUUAUGCCUUAGACUACAACGAGUACUUCAGAGAUCUGAACCACAUAUGUGUUAUCAAUGAUCGUGGAAAAGCAAAGUACAGAGUCUGAAGCAGCUGCAUCCUCAUCAGAAGAUUUGUGAGCUCAGAGAAGCAGAAAUUUGAGUGCGCUCCUUCAGGCAUCUCCCAGAAGAGAAGUUCAACUGACUUCUGUUUCUGUGAACUCAGUGUAAUAAGGGAUUUACUCUAGAGAUACUGAUGAACAUAUACAGAAGUGAGUGUUCCUAUCUAAAAUGUGAAGUAGACAGCAUUGAAAGUUAUUACAUUUUUUAAGUACUAAAAUUACGGUAUGAUUCCUUUUUACUAAUAAUUUGUCUCAACUCAUUGUGAAUGCAUCUUCUUUGUGCAGUCCAUCAUUCCAUCCAUUACAAUUAAUGUACUUCACAUUAUGUGUUCUUAACGUGUUGCAAAAAAUUGUUCAGAAAUGUCAUUAUGUGCAUUAAGUUUAGAUUACAGAAUUUUAGGAACUUCAGCGUCCAUGUGGUCUUGGCUGGAUAUGCUGCUGCCAAACUGAAAACAUUAUUUUGAUUUAAUUCCACAAUUCAGAAGUUUCAGCUGAAGUUGUAUGUUGUACGAUUUCUGAUAGUCCUUACUGCCUCUUCCAAACAGAGGUUCUAACUCUCAGAAUGCACUGAGCUAGAGUGCUGGUACAAAACGGACCGUUGCAAGACACUGUUGAUCUGAGCUUGGAAGAUGUCUUGCUUUUGGUAUGCGAUGUGGGCAUAGAUCUUAUCAGCUGUGUUAAAUGUGCUGAAUUUUAACCAAGAGAAAACAACACCACGCAGGCUUCCAUUUCUGUACAGUAUCCUUUGACUUCUAUAGUACACAAGCUAGUGAAAACAUUAAAGUAGUGUUCUAUGUAUAUUUUCUUAAUUAAAUCUCAUUAAGCACAGAAGUUUAAUGCUAAACAAUAAUUUAGUAUCAGUUUGAUUGUCAUAGCAUGUCUGAGUUGAGACAUUCUGUAACCAUUUGUCUUCUUUAAGGAAUACAGAUGUGACAGUGCUGAAAGCUAGCGUCAGAAAGGAAAAAGUGUACAGGAGAACACAAGCAACAAGUUAACUAACAUGUGAAUGCUGUAGACUCUAGAGAUUCCUUCUUUCCCUUGUACAUCAUGUUGAAAGAAGUCUGUUAGUUUACAUGCUGUAUUUAGUUGAAAAAUUUAGUUUUGUGCUGUAUUCAGCAAUUCUCAAUAAUUUCCUGAGGGAAGCAAAUGUAAGUAGCUCUGUAUCAACAGCUUUGUUCUGAACUGCAAGAGGUAUGUUUUUAUCAACUCCGGUUUCCUUUAAGCUAACACAGAUACUGUAAGAACUUGUGUUACAAUGCACAGUUGUUUAUUUUCCUGCUUGAGCACGUUUUGCAUAUCUCAUAAAAGCUUUCCCAAAAUAUGCAUUUAAUUGUUAAUCUAAAUGUACCUUACGUAUGUAUCCUGUCACUCAUAAACUAUUUCUAUUUGGAUAAAAUCCGUGGCAUUAAUGACACGAAGUAAGAUCAAAGAAUUAUUGUGGUUGCUAGAUUAAUGUUUUAGCCCUUUUUUCUUUACUCCUUUAGCCUAUAUUUUUAAAGAUUUCUGUUAAAAGCUUUCUUUCAUAGAAUAAAGUUCUGCUUUAGAGAGGAAAGCACACCCAUACAGCCUCUGGUGAAAGGUGUUGAAAGGAGUUUCAUCUUUUUUCCUUUUCUGAGAGUAUGAACGUUUUUCUUAGUUUCUGUUUUCCAUGGAUUCAGUAGCACUGGCACAUGGUGUAGGCAGACAUGCUUAAACUUAAUGCAGGAGGUCCCUUAAACUGUGUCCUUUUAUCUUCUCGUCUUAAAAGGUGCAGUCCAUUUCUCCUUGUUGCUAUGAUCGGCCAACAGCAACAACAUAAAAGAAUGUAACAGGUCAAUUAGAGUGAAAUUAGUGUGAAAAUACAGAGUUCUGUAGAUGCACUUCAUUCAGACUUUGUCAAAGUUGUUUCACUGGAAGAUUUGGGUUGUUAAAAUCUAUGUACCUAACAAAAAAGAACUUUUUUGUUUAUUCAAAUGUUUAUUCAAGUUGAUUUUAUUUCUUCCUGCCAUCAUAUCUUAAACAUGGUGAUAAAGCACGAUAUGAAUUUCAGUCGUGAAUUGACAUGUGCAAUUAUACUGUGAAUAACAGGUGUUUUAUACUUCUACUGUCAUAUUUGAAUCUUGCACCCUUAUAGAUCAAAGCACGUCCAGGGAAUGGGUAAUUAUGUACAUGUGUCUCAUUAACGCUGAGUUUAGUUUCUCCAUUCUGUUCACAGAGUUAAAAAAAAAAAAAAAUUCCCAUGGCUGUUUCAUGGCUUAAUAAUAGUGUUGAUUCCAUGUGUCACAAUGUUCUUGAA